CACAAGCAAAAUUAAAUUUGCUGACUGCUCUAAUGUUGCGGUGUCGUUCAUAAACCUAAAGUAUUAUUAUUACUUGUCAGAACAAGAAAGUUUCAUUAUGCCACUUUGAUUGUGAAAAACUUUAGAGUAUACAAUAUAAAAUAAUUCAAUAUUGUCACAUAGCUUUUAAUUCAUGUUGAUAUUGUUGGGGAGCUAAAUAGUAGUAGUAGUAGUAAUUAGUAACACCGUUGAAGGAACGUUCAAUUUUGAUAUUUGUGCCACAAUAUAUUAAAGAAUUCUACAAGCUACUCAAGUUUCUGUUUUGUUCUGAAACUGCAUGCAAAAUAAAGACAAAAGAUAAAGAACAAAUCUUGGAACCUCUUUGAACUUCAAGUUAACUCUUCUUGAGAAUCUUUGCUUCAAGUGUGUACCACACAAGAAGUGAUGCAUGCAAAUUCUUGUUAAUUGAUGAUAGUUGAAGAAUUUUAGCAAAAUGGGUGGAGAUUUUUUGUCAAUGUUUCAUCUAGAAACAAAGAGAUUAAUAUGGCUUAUUGGAAUUACUUUUUCAAUAAUCUUAGCUUUUCAGUAUGUUGAACCAAAUUAUGGCAAUGUUCUUCUCUCUCUAUUCUCUGCUGAUAGAAUACCAACAUCAUCAGAAAGUACAGAUACCAAUGUGACAAUUUUGAAUCAUGCAAACUUUACAGAUGAACUUUCCAUUCAGAAAGCUAAUGCAACUAUAGAUACUGUUUCAAUAACUGGUUUUGUCUUGGAACCAAUAUUGUCACAAAACAAAUCUCAAGAAAAAGUAAAUUCUUAUUCUCCUUCUCCUGAGAAUGCUCCAACAAAUUUAAGUCCACCUUUUGGUUCUACGACAAAUGUUGGUCCGAAUAUUACAACUGCAGUGUUAUCAAAUGAUGAUAACAUAACGAAUUCCAUAAAGAAUGAGAGUUUUAGUCCAUCGUCGCAAAAUGGUGGCAAUGUACAAGACAAGAGUUCUUCUAUCAGCAGCACUGUGCCUAAGGAGCGUCAAGAAAUUCAUGUACCGAUUAAAGAAGUCACGACAGUGUCUGAAAUGAACAAGUUAUUGCUUCAAAGCCAUGCUUCGUAUCGAUCAAUGAAGCCGAGGUGGUUUUCAAAUGUUGAUCAAGAGUUACUACAGGCAAGAUCAGAGAUUGAAAAUGCACCAAUUGUAAAGAAUGAUCCAAAUCUUUAUGGUCCAAUUUAUCAUAAUGUUUCCAUGUUCAAGAGGAGCUAUGAAUUAAUGGAAGAGAGACUCAAAGUGUAUGUAUACAGAGAAGGAGCUAGACCUAUACUGCAUUCGCCGUUUCUCACUGGAAUCUAUGCUUCUGAAGGGUGGUUUAUGAAGCUAAUGGAAGCUAAUAAACGAUUUGUUACCAAAAAUCCAAAGAAGGCUCAUCUGUUUUACUUGCCAUUCAGUUCUAGGAUGCUAGAGGAAGCCUUGUAUGUGAAGAAUUCACAUAGCCAUAAGAACCUGAUUCAAUAUCUACAUGAUUAUGUAGACAUGAUUGCGGCGAGACAUUCUUUCUGGAACAGAACUGGAGGUGCUGAUCAUUUUCUAGUUGGUUGUCAUGAUUGGGCUCCAUCGGAAACAAAAUUACGCUUGGCGAACUGCAUAAGGUCCCUCUGCAACGCCGAUGUAAAAGAAGGAUUUGUCUUCGGCAAAGACGCGUCUCUUCCUGAAACAUACGUCCGAAACGCUCAAAUUCCAACAAGGGAUCUUGGUGGCAAUUCAUUUUCAAAGAAGACAACAUUAGCCUUUUUCGCAGGGAGCAUGCAUGGUUAUGUAAGGCCAAUACUAUUGAAACAUUGGGAAAACAAAGAUCCUGACAUGAAAAUCUUUGGAAAAUUGCCAAAUUCUAAAGGAAACAGUAACUACAUUCAUUACAUGAAGAGUAGCAAGUACUGUAUUUGUGCAAAAGGGUAUGAAGUGAAUAGUCCAAGAGUCGUGGAAGCAAUUUUCUAUGAAUGUGUUCCGGUUAUUAUAUCGGAUAAUUUUGUGCCACCCUUUUUCGAGGUUUUGGAUUGGGAAUCCUUUUCUGUCAUUGUUUUGGAGAAGGAUAUUCCAAAUUUGAAAAAUAUACUACUUUCUAUUCCGGAAAAGCGGUAUCUAAGCAUGCUAAUGAGGGUAAAAAAGGUACAGAAGCAUUUCCUUUGGAACAAGAAUCCUGUCAAGUAUGAUAUAUUUCAUAUGAUCCUUCACUCUAUUUGGUACAAUAGAGUCUUCUCUGCCACUAGUUAGAUAACUUGGAGAUAAAGUAGGAACAGGUUGUAUAUUUUUUUCUUUUGGGAUUCUUAGCUGAGAAAUUUUCGUCAUGAGUAAAAAUAUAGAUAAGGUCAUUUAUUUGUGAAUUUGUGUAUAUCUUUGGAGCUUUGGGCCUUAAUAAAGUCGCAAUCUAACACGAACUAUUUACUGAGCAGUGAACACUACUCGAGAGACGCUAGCCAAACUUUUCUUCUCGAUGAAGACAUCUUAAUGAACAUGGCUUUCGAAUCUUUAUUGAUAAA